CCCGCCCCUCAACGUCAUAUGUGCGCGACGAAGAGAAGGGUGCAAGAUGGUGUGCCGCUGUCUGCCCAGACUGAUCUGCAGGCCGGCAACAUCCGCGAGCUGCCAUUUUAGGAGGCCUGGGCCUGGCAGUCUGCCACGUGGCAGCAGAUUGCUCUCUGACUUUGCCUGCUCGAAGGCCCCCUUUGGGACCAGGAGAUGGUCCUGUUAUAGGGGCAGAGUGGACCACGGUGUGCCCCUUCUUCAGCUGCGGACUCUGAGCUCCGUGCCAUCUCCCGGUGCCACUCCAGGACUCUACGAGAGGUUUGCCGACUCUGCUGUGGUUCACUUUACAGAAGACGUCCUCACUUCGGUGCAGCAGACCACAGGCCUCCCGUGGUGGGCCACCAUUGUGUGCACCACAGUCGCCCUGAGGACGGCCGUCACGCUGCCCCUGGGGGCGUAUCAGUCAUUGAUCAUCGCAAAGGUUGAAGCCCUGCAGCCGGAGAUUGCGGAGUUGGCCAAGCAGUUGCAUUACGAGGUCUCCGUGCGGGCGCAGCAGAGAGGCUGGGCACAGAAGGAAGCACGGUUUCACUUUAAGAAGACCCUGCGACGCAUUGUGGCCGAGCUCUACGUGCGGGACAACUGCCACCCGUUCAAAGCCAGCCUUCUCAUUUGGGUCCAGCUGCCCAUGUGGCUCAUUGUGUCCUUUGCCCUGCGGAACCUGAGCCUGGGGACAUCGGACACUGGGGCAGCUGUACAUGAAGCCCUUGGCACCGGUGGGGCACUCUGGUUUCCUGACCUCACGCUGCCUGACACAACGUGGCUCAUGCCCGUGUCCCUCGGCCUUCUCAACUUGCUCAUCAUCGAGAUCUUCGCCUCGAGGAAGUUGGAGCCGACAAAGUUCCAGACGUGGGUCACUCACUUCAUGCGUGGCAUUUCGCUCGCCAUGAUUCCGGUGGCGGCCACAGUCCCGUCGUCCAUGUCACUCUACUGGCUCACCUCCAGCACCGUGGGCCUGCUGCACAACCUGAUGCUGCGCUCGCCCACCAUGCGGCGGCUCUGUCACAUUCCCCGCAGCCGCAACGACUCGGACACUCCCUAUCGAGACCUCUGGGGGGCUCUGCGGGCCAAGCUGCCCAGGUAGGCUGGUGCACCCCUGCUGCACUGCACCACGGUGGGUUUGACGGACUGAACAGCUCUGGGGUUUACUUUGGCAUAAGAGCGAGGAGUGUGGGCACAGACGCCCCCACCAGACAAGGCUCCUGGGGGUGACAGAUUGAAGUGAUGUCACCCCAACUAUGGACAGGUGGUCUGCUCUUACUGGUUUGUGGAGGUGACUGCAAAUGUACAAGACAAAGGGGCGGCGGGCACAAGACUGAAAUAAAAGCUGCGUGAAUCAAA